AUGACUUCUCCUGAUAUUCAAAAAAAUAUUGUGAAUUCUUGUGCAAAAGAAACGGUGAAAGCAAUUAUUGAAGAUUUGAAUGGGGAUUUUUUUGGGAUAUUAGUUCAUGAGUCUAAGGAUGUAUCUCAUAAGGAACAAAUGGCUCUUGUUUUGCGCUAUGUCAACAAGGAAUGUGAACUUAUUGAGCGAUUCCUUGGUCUUGUUCAUGUAAAAGCUACUACUGCACAUGCAUUACAAAAAGCAAUAUAUUCUUUGCUUUUACAACAUUCAUUAAAUUCAUCUCUAAUACGGGGAAAAGGGUAUGAUGGAGCUAGUAACAUGCAAGGAGAAAUCAAUGGUCUUAAAACUUUGAUUCUGAAAGAUAAUCCUUCGGCAUAUUACAUACAUUGCUUUGCUCAUCAAUGGCAACUGACUCUUGUAGCAGUUGCAAAGAAACACCAUGAUGUAAAUAAUUUUUUUGAUGUUCUUGCUAAUAUUUUGAAUGUAGUUGGAGGUUCUUAUAAGUGUACGAAGAUGCUUAGAGAUGAUCAAACUGAAAAAUUAGAUGAGUUAUUAGUGCUUGAAGUUCAUACAGGAAGUGGAUUAAAUCAAGAACUUGGGCUUCAAAGAUCAGGUGAUACCCGUUGGGGAUCACACUUUAAGACAUUGUGUAACUUUAUUUCUUUAUACUCAUCAAUUGUUCAUGUACUUGGAGUUCUUGCAAAUGAGGGUUCAAAUUAUCAGGAGAAAGCACUGGCAAAAAGUCUAGUGGAAGAUAUAAGAUCUUAUGAGUUUGUGAGUAUAUUACAUUUGAUGUUAAAAAUAUUGACAAUUACAUAUGAUUUGAAUAUGGCUCUGCAAAGAAAAGAUCAAGAUAUUGUUAGUGCUAUGAAACUUGUUAAUUUCUCAAAGAGGCAAUUGCAAACAAUGAGGGAAUCUAAAUGGAAUUCUUUGGUGGAAGAUAGCUUUAGUGAGAAACUUAUCACUGUGCAUCAUUCCAGCGACUUCCGAGAAGAAAGACCUCGUCGCCGUGCAAUUUUCCAACGACUUAGAAGGCUGCUCAUAAUUAUAUCAAUUUCUGUUGGUGUGUGCAAAAAUCCAACACCACCACGAGACUCCUCAGGCUCCGGCGACCAAACCCCAGUAAACCCCACCGGAAAACUCACGUACACGCGCCCUCAUGCGCCAGAACUUUCCGGCGAGAUCUGA